CGGGGAAAAUAGCUCGAGUGCCAGUCCUUCCAGUCGCCGGGGUGCUGCGGAACCGGGUUCCCCCUUCCCGCGGCAGCACCCGCACGAUGGGAGUGAGCGGUAGCACGGCGCAGCGGCACUGGUAGACAGAAUGGAGAACCAAAGCAACCAGAGCAAUGACAGCACAACGAUCAGCCGCUCCAGCACGUCCCAGGCGCCGACGAGCAGCACUUCAGCGGUGGACUGCGCCUUCUUCGCGCGGAACUGCGACGGCUGCUUCGCCAACGGCUGCCGCUAUUGUCAGACCAGCCCCGAGGACUGGAGCUUUGUGAAUAGCGAUGGGCCAAGCAUCUUCGACUACGCAUGUCUCUCCAAGAUCUAUCAGUGUGGCGACCUGAUGCAGCUUCGUCCGGAUGUGGCGAGCGUCCGGGCCAUCGCGCGGGAUGGCUGCGACGAGCUGCGCCCCGCCCGGGGGCCCAGUACGCGCACGCCGACCACUACGAGGGCCAGCAGCGCUGUGGACCCGAUCAAGGGCGAAGUCGCUGACGCCUGGUGGCCGGAGGAGUGGGGUAUUGUCGUGUGGCUGGGGAUCGCCAUCGUGAGUGGUUUCCUUCUGCUGGGUUGUUGCUAUUUGGCCCAUCGUUGGAGACGGAGAUUGCAGCGGGUGCAUGUGGCACCUCAGAGUGCCUGGGAGUCGCGGAUUUUCAAGACGAAGGGUUCCGUGCGCUGGGACUUCGCCCGGGCCGGCGUGGUGAACGAGAGCGACCUGGAGGCGGCCAAGCGAGCUCUCUCCGACCGGGCCGAGGCACACCGCGCUCGUUGCCUCACCUUUUGGGCUUCCAACUGCUUGAGAGUCUCCGUCCUGAACGAGUUAGACCACAUGCUGUUGAGCUACCCCACCUUGACCUUGAGCUUGGACGCUGAUUGGCGGAAAGCGGACGAUGCAACAUUGGCAGCUUUGGCCAAGGUGUUGAUCAAGCACCGUGAUCGCUGCAAGUUCCGCACAGGAGGGCAAGCGCUCUCCUUGCCGGUGGCCACGGUGACCACGCUCAACAGCUUUGGCGAGUCCUUAUCCUCGCACCAUGAGGUGGACGUGGUGAGCUUCGAGAAGGGGAAGGAGGUCCACGAGCCCUGUCGUGUAGCCUUGGCGCCCUUGAGGCUGGGCUCCACUGAGAUGGUCUUCAACCGACAACCGCUGGGUGAUAUGGGCUGCAGCCUUGCCUGCGGCUUCGUGCGACCCUGGGGCGGCCGGCUGCAGAUUGCGAGGCUGGUGGAGUGUUCAAUCGGCGACCUGGGCUGUGGCUUCCUGGCACGGCUCUUGGCGCAUGCGCGGCAGCCGGCGGCGAAGCUUAAGGAGCUCAACCUGAGCGCCAACAAGUUCGGCGACCGUGGUGUGGUGGAGCUGGCAGAUGCGUUGCCUGUCCUAGACUCCCUGGAGAAGCUGUUGCUGGAACGGAAUAACAUUGGUGUCACUGGCGCCCAGGCGCUGGCUGGCAGGUUACCGCGCAGCAACGUACGGGAGUUGGUGAUGGGCACACACUUGGGCGGCAAUCCAAUUGGAGCGAUGGGAGUCCAGGCCUUGGCCCACGCGCUGAACGACGCUUUGGCGCGCGCGGCCGCGAACCGCGAGACGCGGCUGGAAGCGUUGGCCCUGGAGGAUUGCCAGGUGGGCGAGGAGGGCGCCAAGGCGGGUGGGCGCACCAGCGAGCGAUCAGCGAGCGGCUCGCCAGCGCGGCCAUCGCCAUUGGGAGACACAUGGAGUCAUGGAGCGCUUCUUGAUUGCCAGGCGCUGGCAGAGCAUUUGCCCAAGAGCGCCUUAAUGGCCUUGUCCGUGGCGCGGGGCGGCUUGAUUGAUGAUGAUGCCACCGCUCUCCUGCUGGCUUUGCCCAAAUCCAUUGCGUUCCUGGAUCUCUCAGGCAAUCAGCUAAGCGAUCUGACGGCUUCGAUCGCCGGGGAGACGCUCUACAAGCGGCCGGGGAUGUCCAUCAACCUGGCAGCGAACCACUUGAGCCCAACCAUCAAGAUGUUGCUCGGGGAGGAGCAUGGCACCCGACUUCGGGUCUGAGCACAAGCGCGUUGGAAGCUGCAGCUUCCCACGCCCGUGACCUAAGCUAGCUUGACCUCCGGAAAGAAACGGACGUUGGAAGGCUUCGAUGAGGCAUACAACUGAAUGGAACG